AGUUUCAUACCAACACACAACGAGAAAGAUAGAUUCUUUCUUCCUUUCAAUUUUUGUUUUUCUUUAAAAACUUUGUGUGAAGGAAGAGAGAGAGAGAGAGAUGGAGACAGAACCAAAGUUCAAGAGGAUUUGUGUCUUUUGUGGAAGUAGUGCUGGUAAUAAAACCAGUUACAAAGAUGCUGCUAUCGAACUCGGAACCGAACUGGUAUCGAGAAAUAUCGAUCUUGUCUAUGGUGGAGGGAGCAUUGGCUUAAUGGGUUUGAUCUCUCAAGCUGUUUUCAAUGGUGGUCGUCAUGUCAUCGGGGUUAUCCCCAAGACACUAAUGCCAAGAGAGAUAACAGGAGAGACAGUGGGAGAAGUGAAGGCAGUAGCAGACAUGCACCAAAGGAAAGCUGAGAUGGCUAAGCACUCUGAUGCUUUUAUCGCUUUACCUGGUGGGUAUGGAACACUUGAAGAGCUCCUUGAAGUAAUCACUUGGGCACAGCUAGGAAUUCAUGAUAAACCAGUGGGACUGUUGAACGUGGAAGGAUACUACAACUCAUUGUUAUCAUUCAUAGACAAAGCAGUGGAAGAAGGUUUCAUUUCACCAACUGCUCGACAUAUCAUUGUCUCUGCUCCUUCUGCUAAAGAGCUUGUCAAGAAACUUGAGGAAUAUGUACCAAGACAUGAGAAGGUAGCAUCAAAGAAAAGCUGGGAGAUGGAGCAAAUAGGGCUGAGUCCAACUUGUGAAAUCUCAAGAUGAAAAACAUACAAAGGACUAAUUAAUUAUUUUCUUAAUCAGGAUAACCCAAAUUGAAAUGUUUCUUCAAAAUUUGGGAUCCUCUUUAUUGAUUGUAAGACUUAGUCCUAGCAACCAGAAAAACAAAAACAAAAAACAGAUUAACUUUCUUCUUUUCUUGUGUAGUUGAUUCUGUUGUUUUAAUGUCUUGUGUUUUUAGUUUUUUUUUAUCUGGAAAAAAAAGAAAGAAAAUAUUUUGGUUUUUUU